CUGGGAGGAAGAGAAAAGGAGGAGAAAAGAAACCCCCCUGUGAUUUAGGCUUUAAGAAGACGGAGAGAGAAAUAGAUUGAGGACAGGUGAAAAGGGAGAGCCAUUACAAGAGACUAAUAUAGACAAGUAGACAGAAUGAAGGGAUGAAAUAUUAGAGGUUAUAUUUUACAUUUGAUAUCAAGGUAAUCUUUAUCAAAUCAGUGGAUGUAUUUCAGCUCCUGCGUGUAUCUUUCAAAGUUUGGAUUUCUUUGAGACGGCCUUUUUGGCUUGCAAACGUCUCCACAGCUGAGCAACAAUGCAGCAAAUGUGGCUUUCUCUUCUGCCUGGCCUGUGCCUUCCCCUGGUCUUGCUCUGCAGCGCAGAGGAGGGUCUGGAGUUCCCUAACUUUGACGGGAAGGACAGGGUGCUCGACAUCAACGAGCGCAACUACAAAAAAGCUCUGAAGAGAUACGACCUGCUGUGCCUGUUCUACCAUGAACCUCUGCCGGCCAACAAAGGCCUGCAGAAGCGGUUCCAGAUGACAGAGCUGGUGCUGGAGCUUACAGCUCAAGUUCUGGAGAACAAAGACAUCGGUUUCGGAAUGGUGGAUUCCCAGAAGGAUGCCAAAGUGGCGAAAAAACUGGGUCUGGAGGAGGUGGGCAGCCUGUACGUCUUCAAGGAUGACCGCGUCAUCGAGUUUGACGGGGAGCUUUCUGCCGACACGUUGGUUGAGUUUCUACUGGAUGUGCUGGAGGACCCAGUAGAGAUAAUCAAUAACGCCAUGGAGCUGCGAGCCUUUGAGAGAAUGGAAGAGGACAUCCGUCUCAUUGGUUACUUCAAAGGAGAGGAUUCAUACUACAAAGCAUUUCAGGAGUCCUCCGAGCGGUUCCAACCUUACAUCAAGUUUUUUGCUACCUUUGACAAAUCUGUAGCCAAACAUCUUUCCCUCAAGAUGAAUGAAGUGAAUUUCUAUGAGCCGUUCAUGGAGGAGCCGGCCAUCCUGCCCGGCAGACCUCUUUCGGAGAUGGACAUUGUCGAAUUUGUCAAUCAACACCGCAGGGCGACUUUGAGGAAGCUCCGGGCAGAAAAUAUGUUUGAGACAUGGGAGGAUGAUAUGGAUGGAAUACAUAUUGUUGCCUUUGCUGAGGAGGAAGAUCCAGACGGCUAUGAAUUCCUGGAGAUCCUGAAGGACGUGGCCAGGGACAACACCAACAACCCAGAGCUGAGCAUAGUUUGGAUCGAUCCCGAUGACUUCCCCCUGCUCACGACUUACUGGGAGAAAACCUUCAAGCUGGACUUGUUUCGCCCUCAGAUCGGUGUGGUCAACGUCACAGAUGCCGACAGCGUUUGGCUGGACAUGUCUAAUGACGAGGACCUGCCCACUGCCGAGGAGCUGGAGGACUGGAUUGAGGACGUCCUGUCGGGGAGGGUGAACACGGAAGAUGACGACGAGGUGGCCGAUGACUGGGAGAACGAUCCCUACGUGACAGAAGACGACGAUGAAAGUCACGAGCCGGAGGACGAAGACGACAGCGACGAAUAAAAGUGUCAACAGUUGGAGGUCCAGCUGUAUCGGAAAUUAAUUGAAACACAAAUCUGAACAAGUAGGGAAUGAGAGAAAUGAAUAAAUCAAAUUCUCUUUUUAGUCAUUUGUAAAGACAAAUACACACAAAAAAGGAUUUUUUAAGUCUUUAAAAAUCUAAAUGCUUGUCGAUUUAUAUGGUAGUUUUAAAAGAUAGAUGAAACAGAUGUCGUCUCCAUGGGUACAUUUGUGGCUUACUUCAGUAUCAAAUUAACCCAACGCCUGAGGCUGUGAUUCUAAACAUCUCACCAAGGAAAAUUAUAUUUUAAACUUCUUUUCAACCACUUUGAGGAAUCAUUUGAACAACAAUACAGGUUUUUAAAUAAAAAAGAAGCUAAAGUUGUAUAAGUUAUUAAGUUGUAUAAUUUCUUUGUUUAGUGCACACAGUAACAAACCUGCAUUAAAAAGAAUCAAAUUAAAAAAACAAAACAAGGCCAUGCCUUUUUUUUCCGUUUUGCUUGGUGAAUACAUACUCUCUCCUUCAUUACGAAAGUCCUGACUGUUGGUGAUCAAAUUUCUCCCCCGUCAAUGAGCAUUUUCACCUUGAAUUAUUCAAAGGCUGGUAAAUAAUUCACUGACGUUUUGCCUUUUAAUGCGGGCAGGGAGCUGGACGUUGAGGCAGAGGGAGCUGGGAGGUGAAGGAUGCAGGGGGGGGGGCGGUCUCCAUGGCGUCCCAUCCACGCCACACUGCAUUCGCAUCAGACACGUUUCCUGCCGGCCCUUCCUGAAUAAGUCAAACACGGGCUGCACGGUAAUCUUCAUCCCCCCG